AUGGCCUAUCAACCACCUACUAUCAACUUGGACAAUUCUAUACUCGAAGGACCUUAUGCUUCUUACUUUAACAGUCAAAUAACUAGCAUAAAAGACGAGCUGAAAACCAUCAAGUCGCUAUUGAAUUGCUUAUCGACUCCUCAGACGAUUGUCAACGCCUCAGAAUCUGUUAUCAACAAACUUCGACAAGAAAACGAUAGCCUAAGACGAGAAUUAAUUGCAGAAAAAGAGCGCAGCAAUGGGCUAGAAGAAGAGCGAGAGUCCCUAAAAUUAUUAAAAUUAGUCGUUAAACUUCUUUUCUAAAGAUUUAUACUACAAGUCGAGCGAUUCAACUUCUUUACCUAAAGAGAAUGGAAAUGGAAAUAUCCAUUUUGUUGACGACACGACUUCUACUCCUAUAACUUCCUAUUGUACCAUCUAACCCCGCAGAGAGCUUGACAAGUGCUAAAACUACGGUAACUCUAGGAGACUCGAUCAUCCAAAAUCUCCAGGGCUACAAGUUAGGUAAGGAAACCAACCAACGAGUUGUAGUGAAGUCUUUUAGCAGAGCCACGACCAUGACAUGAAGUCUUAUAUCCAGCCAACGAUCGAUAAUGCUCCAGAUAGGAUUUGUUUACAUAUCGGGACAAAUGAUUUAAAAUCCAAGGUACCAGAUGAUAUUGCAAACGCUAUUGUGGAUCGUGCCAAAACCAUUCAAUCUACCUGUGGAGCCGAGGUUGUGUUAUCUGAGUUAACUACGCGCAAAGAUGUCCACAAAGAAUCAGUAAAAUCUGUUAACAAGCUCCUCAUUAAAUAUUCCAAGCAGCAUCAAUGGUCUUUGGUUCGCCACUCCAACAUCACGGAGAAAGUCUUAAACAGAGGUGGUUUACAUUUAACCAAACAAGGUAACGAUCUAUUAUAUAAAAACUUUGCAUCAUGUUUAGCAGCCAAGGAAGCUAAUCAUCAUUGAACUGUUUCCUCGAAUGCCGAUCGUCUUGAAUGUUAUGAAUCUCAUAUCAAUAGCUACGAUAAUUGCAUAUCGACUCAAUCAAUUUUGGAUCAGCAGAGAUCCAUUAUUAACAAUCACAUUCCUUCUUCACUAAAUGUUAACAAACUCAACAUGCAUAUUGAUGAAAUUAGAAUUUUGCUUGCCGAUAAGUGUCUAGAUGUUCUUGCUAUUCAGGAAACUAAACUAGACAUGUUUAAUAAUAACUCUGAUUUUUAUAUCUGUGGCUACGAAUUAGUUCGAAGAGAUAGGCUUAGCGAUGGUGGCGGAGGUAUAUGCUUUUAUAUUAAAUCAACAAUUAAUUUUUCCGUGCGGACUGAUCUCAAUAUUGACGAGCUUGAAAACCUGUGUAUCGAAAUUCGCAAGCCGAACUCUAAACCUUUUAUUGUUGUCAAUUGGUAUAGGCCUCCUAACUCUCCAAUGGGGCUAUUCUCACAUUUGGAAGAUCUUGUUGCGAGAUUUGAUCUGACAAAUCUUGAAUUUUUCCUACUUGGUGAUAUGAAUGCCGAUAUGGCCUCAACCAAUUACGACAACAAUGUCCGUCAGCUAAUAAACAUUGCUGAUAUUUAUGGCCUCCACCAACUCAUUUCUUAGCCUACUCGGAUAACAGAUAAAUCAUCUACAUUUAAUUUAUACAAAUUGUCCUGAGAGGGUAGUCUGCUCCAGAGUCGCCCAUAUCAGUGUUAGUGAUCACAGUCUUGUUUAUGCGUUUCGUAAACUUUCCAUUAACUUCCAAAAGGGUCACACUUCAAUAACGUACAGAAACUUUAAAACUUUCAAUCGUGCCAAAUUUCGUAACGAUAUCUGCAAUGAGAACUAGGAAUUUUUGGCUCCAGCUCUUGAUCCCAACCAAAUGUGGACAGAGUGGAAAACCAAAUUUUUACAAAUUGUUGACAAACAUGCUCCGAUUCACAUUAAGCGCGUUAGAUCUAAAAAUUCUCCGUGGAUUACUGCUGAUUUGAAAGAACGCAUGCAUAAUCGUGACACAUUAAAGAUCAAAGCAAUCAAGUCGAAUGAUCCGCACGAUUGGGCCAAUUUCAAAAGAAUGCGUAACAAAGUUAAUACUGAAAUUAAAGCUGCUAAAGAAUUAUUUUACAAUAAUAAGUUUAAAACUAAUGGCGACCCGCGUAAAACGUGGCAAAUCAUCCACGAUCUUACAUCUCGUAAAGCCGUUAAUUUAUCGAUUAGAGAAAUAAACCUAAAUGGUACUUCUAUAUCUGGAUCAUGCGACUUGUCGAAUGCUUUCAAUGAUCAUUUCUCAUCAAUAGGACCUAAACUUGCUAAUGACAUCCCAUUAUCUAAUAACAAUGACCACUGUCAUCGGAAAUAUGUCAAAGGCAUUAACAAUAGAUUCGAGUUCCGCCCCACUGAUAGUGGACAGGUUUUAAAGCUAAUGAAUAAACUAAAUAAGUCUAAAGGGACUGGUCUCGAUAAGCUAUCAAGUCGGCUUAUUCGUGAAUGUGCUGACCUUAUUUCACCACAUAUCUCAAUUAUUUUUAAUUGCUGUUUAACUACCGGCACAUUCCCUGAUGACUGGAAAUUAGCCAAAGUUAUGCCUAUAUUCAAUCAGGGCGAUAGAAGUGAUAUGAACAAUUAUCGCCCAAUUUCUGUGAUCUCAGCAAUAGCAAAAGUCUUCGAAAGAAUAGUUUAUAAUCAGCUUUCUUCCUAUUUAUCCGAAAAUAAUAUUUUGUCAAAAUAUCAGUCUGGUUUUCGAUCCUUUCACUCAACUGUAACCGCUUUGCUCGAUGCCACUGAUAAUUGGGCCUUAAACAUAGAUCGUGGCUAUGUUAACGCUGUUGUCUUUUUAGAUCUAAAAAAGGCAUUAGACACAGUCGAUCACUCUAUUCUAUUAUACAAACUAUAUUUAUAUGGAGUCAAAGGAAUUGCCUACAAAUUGCUUUCUUCUUACUUAGAAAAUCGUACGCAAAAAUGUUCUGUCAAUGGUGUCCUUUCUAAACUUGUGGGAUUCCCCAGGGGACAACACUGGGGCCUUCGCUGUUUCUCUUAUACAUUAAUGACUUACCUAAUUGUUUAUCAAAUGUACGUGGAUGAUACUCACCUAACAUAUGCUGAUAAUGACAUCUGCUCCCUUGAGGCUUCUUUAAAUCAGGACUUGUUAAAUAUAAACAAUUGGCGUCAUUGCCAAUAAAUUGACUCUCAAUAUGACAAAAACUGAAUUUAUGUUCAUGGGAGCAAGACAAAAAUUGAAUAGUCUAUCCGUUCUCCCAGACUUAGAAAUUAAUGGUACACAAUUAAACAGAGUCGAUUUUACCAAGUCUCUUGGUGUAUUAAUUGAUGAAAAUCUAACAUGGAGUAAUCAUAUCAACGCUAUAUCUAAAAAAAUCUCUUCUGGUAUUGGAUCUAUUAAACGAAUAAGUCACUGUGUUCCUCCUGCAACUGUACAUAAUAUCUAUCAUGGGUUAGUUCAAUCACACUUCGACUAUUGUAGUGUUGUUUGGGGUAACUGUGCCAAAACAUUAUCUGACAAAUUACAGAGACUUCAAAAUCGUGCUGUCCGCGUCCUUACCCAUUCUAGUUAUGAUGCUGACGCCAGCCAACUAUUUAAAGAAUUAGGCUGGGACAAUUUAGAAACUCGACGUCAAAACCUAAAGGCUGAGAUGGUCUAUAAGUCCUUAAACGGCCUCGCACCGAAUUAUUUGUCCUCGAAAUUCAUUCGACGGAGUGAUGUGAAUACUUCUUACAAUUUGCGCGAUUCUGAUAAUAAGCUUGCAAUACCAUUGCCAUGUACUAACCAUUACAAAAAUAGCUUUGCCUAUAGUGGUGUAGUCCUCUGGAACAGUCUACCCUCAGCUGCUAGGCAAGCAACAUCUCUGACUAAUUUCCGACGAUUCUUAAUUAAUUCCGACACGGCAUUCAUGUAA